AUGGGCUCGUCUCCCUCUAAUCCCCUCCUCACCGAAAAGAGAUGGGUUGAGAGAGAGAAAAACCGCCGUGACACCUGUAACUUCGACAAGGAGUUCACCAAAAUGCCCGUGGACUUAACACCAACAGACAAGCUUGUCAUCAUGAACUUGGACCAAGACGAGUUCCUCGGCUUCUCCUACACCAACCCUGAAUAUGUGGCUCCUGGAGUUUAG